AUGCAGCCUAUGAUAAUCAAUACUCCGAUAAAUAAUCAAUUACAACAGCAGAUGCUACUGAAUCAAUCGUCUAAGACGAUUCAAAUCAGAAUAGAUAAUAUUCCUCCCAAUAAGAAUUGGAAAGAAGUGCGUUAUCUAAUAGGUGGGAUUAUCCAUCAUUCCAAUAUUUUACAAGUCAAACUAUUGCCUCCCCUAACUUCCAUCGUGCCUCCAUUUUUAACUUUUCAUUCUUGUUUAAUCACGUUAAAAAAUAAAUUAGGUUGGGAUCAAAUAAAUAGAUUGAUUGCUAUCUUGAAUAAUUAUCAAUGGGACUUCUACCAAUUAUAUGCUUACAAUUUUUCUCUUUAUGAUUUCCAAUUACCGCCUAAUGCAAGUCCUUAUCAUAUGAAUAUGCUACCGACAAAUAAUAUGUCUCUAACCUUACCCGUACAAAUCCCUUCUACUUUACCUCCCCCCCAUUCCACAUCAACAGCUACACAUGCAACUUCUUUAAGUCCAAAACUUAUUAAUUCAAGUUUGAAUUCAAAAUCGAAUUCAAUUUCGAAUUCAAACAAUAAUGUAAAUUCAAAUAAUUCGCCUCCCAAUAAUUAUCAAUUAUCUCAUUCACGUUCAAGGUCACAAGGUUCGAUGGGGAAUACAACUACUACUAAUACAACUAAUUCAAGUACAAUCAAUACUAGUGAUUAUUAUACAACUGCAACGAAUAAUAAUAAUAAUAAUAAUAGUAAUAUCAACAAUGUUGGAAAACAAAAUUCAUUAACAAAUGGUUAUCCACGCCCAUAUCCGUCCUCCUAUGAAACGACAAGAACGAACUCAAAUAAAAGCAGCAAUCCCAAUUCAAGGCAUUCUUCAAUAUCUACUAGUCAAAUAUCGUCAAAUCAAUCACCAAGUCGACAUAUUCAUGCUCAACAGCAGCAACAAAAUGCAACAUUUGCAAAUAGUUCUACUUUAAAUAAUGGUAUUCAAAUGCACUCAUCUCAAGUUCCGCCUCCCCCACCGGUAAUACCAUAUAAUAAUUUUAUCAAUCAACAACCAAUUUAUCCCGAAUUUUAUUUUAGUACAAACGGCACGGCUAUAAAUCAUAAUAGCAAUACUCAAAUGAUACAACAUAUUGCAAGACUAAAUAACCCAAAUAAUAUGAGUCGUAGUAGCCAUACGUACAAUAAUAAGAAUGGUACCAUUACUGGCUCAAGAUAUUAUAUGAAUUCAACUAAUAACAACCUUAAUAAUGGCUUGGUUAUUAAUGGCUCUAAUAAAAAAGCUAAUAGUUCAAACAACAUAUCCAAUAGAAAUAAUAAAAUGCAACUAAAUGAGAUAUUAGAGAAUGAACAAAAAAAAUUACAGCCAAUGACAGAAUAUGAAAUCAAAGCAAAAAUUGAAGCCAAUAAAAGAAGGUUAAGACAAAUUUUUAAUGAAAAAAAUUUUAGAAAGCAAAUGACUCAUAGAAAUAUGUUUCAAUUGAUGUUAGAGAAUUUCCCACCAUUAUUAUUAUUGGAUUCCAUGACAGAUGAUUUAAAUUCUUUAAAAUCAAAAUUGGAUAAAAACUAUUAUAACAAUAGCACUAAAGUAGCUUCUAAUGUUGUUGAAACAAAUGGGAAACAAAUAAAGGGCACGAAUACUACUACAACAAUCACAUAUUUUGAUUCUUCUCCUUCUCAGGAUAAAACUAAUAAUAAAUAUCAAUUAAAAGAUACUUCAAAAGAAGAUAUUGAAGUUUUAAGAGUAGAAAAUCCAAAUAAAUUUCAGAGCAAAUUAAGAUGGACAAUUUUAAAAGAUUUCAUUAAAUUGAAAUGUCCAACAUUAUUAGAUUCCACAUAUUUGCCAAGAAAUAGAAAUAAUACAAUAAAUAAUACUAAUAGCCAUGAAAAUGAUGGUAAUGAUGCAAACAUAACGAGCUCAACUGAAAAAGAAAUUAAUGGUAAAGAAGAUGAUAAAAGCUCUAUGACAGAAACACUAGAAGCUAAUAAUGAUAAUUUGACAUCAACAACAUCACAGUCAAAUGUGAUAACAAAUUCUACCUCAAACAUAAGUAAUAAUGUAGUUAGUAGUGGUAGCAAAGAAACCCUUAAUUUACAAAAUGUCAAUAAAAUUCCAUCUCUUAAUAAUUGCAAUCAUGUAGAUGUCAACAGUGAUGUUACUACAACGGCUAAUAAUACUAAUAAUAAUAAUGAAAAUGAAAGAAUACUGAGAGAAAUUGAAGAAUUUUAUGUAGGUGUCUAUGAGCAGGAGGAAAAGAUCGUAAAAUUAAUCUACCCAAAAUCUUCAAUGGAAAAUUAUCCUGAGAUAAAUGCAAUGAAAUCAUUUCAAAAUGAUUUUAACCAAAAAAAUAAUAACGAUGACAAUGAUGAGAAAAAUAUGGCCGAAGAUGAAAAUAUGUACGAUGAAAAAUAUAUACUAACGGUAACAUAUAAAGCAAUCAUCGGCUUCCAUGAUAAAGAAUUGAAAGAAUUGGCUUUGAAAAGCUUAGAUGAUCAAGAGUAUUCACUAGGUUUUAAGUUAAAAGUGCAUGACUUAGCACCCUGGGUUGAAAACCCAAAUUUGAAAGGUAGCCAAGAUGGUUGCAAUAAUAAUGAUUUGGAUACUAUAUUUCGUAUAACGAAUUCAGAAAUAAAAGAAGUAGAGAAUACUCUAAAUAAUAAUGAUGAUAAUUCCCAUACAAUUAAUACAGCUAUUAAUAAUGAUAAUAUAGCAAAUACACCUAAUGUAUCAAAAGAUACAAAUAUGCUUGCACCUACUAACUUGGAUUCUAAAGCUUAG